AUGCGUGUGUCGGAGCCGCACAAGGAGCUCGCGGUCUCCAACGAAAAGUACGUCAAGAACUGCACCGAGCUCGUGCUGGCGCACCGCGAGAUCGAUGUCCUCGGCAAUUUUGAACCGUUUGUGAGCCUCGAAGUGCUGUGGAUCAACGACAACUACAUUGAAAAGCUCACGGGUCUUGACACGUGCUUUCGCAUCAAGUAUUUGUUUGCGCAGAACAACCGUAUCUCGACGGUCGAUGGAUCGCUCUUGCAUUUUACAUUUCUGCGCGAGCUUCGACUCUUCAACAACCGCCUCCAGGACCUGCACGCGACGCUUCGAACCCUCUCCAAGCUUUUGCACUUGCACGAUUUGGAUUUGUUUGGGAAUCCGCUGGCCGAAGAAGAAAACUACCGUCUGCACGUGAUCGCAGCGAUUCCGUCGCUCGAAGUGUUUGAUCGGCACGUCAUCACCCCCGACGAGCGCCUCGCCGCCAAAAAGCUCAACCUGCGGCGGCCCGGCCACACCGCCAAAGCCAACAACAACCACCAGCUGACCAAGGAGCCGCAGCCGCAUGAAUGGUCCGGCACGGUCAAAAUGCUCAUGAAGGAAGUAUCGGUGAUCGAACGACGCCACAAGGCCCAAGAAGAAGCGGAGCGAAAGAAGCAAUUUCAAAUGACCGACGCGUCGUUUACGAGCCAAACAAAUGCGAGCAACCGCGCGAUUGCGAUUGCUCAAAACGCAACCGUCAUGGACGAGUGGGACCUCUGCCAUCUGCGCAAAGCCUUUCGAGCGGCCGACCCGCACAAACGCGGGGGUAUUUUUGCAACCCUUCUCGGACACAUAAUCUCGGAAAUGCUCGACCAUGGUCAGCAGCUUGUCUUCAACGACAAUGUUCUCCACGAAGAAAGCAACUUUACGGAAUUACUCGCACACGUUACGCGACCCAUGACGGCCGCCGAGAUUGAUCAAGAAGACGUCGACCCACCCACCACAAGCCUUGUGACGUGGGCGCUCUUCUCCCAGGGGUUUACCCAGGGAUUCGUUGGACCGAGCAAAAUUCCGCUCCGUUGGCAACCGCUGCCAGCCGCCGACGUGGCAUUGCGUGCUGACGAAUACUUUGAAAAGUCGCGGGCCCUCCAAAAACGCAUGAUGUCGAUGGCCGAGCCCAAGCCGGACUUGAUCAAGCAAAUGCACGAGCUAUCGCAAAAGGCGUACCACCUACAAAGCCUUCGUGACCAGCGCAGCUCGGGACGCAGCUCAUUUGCGCACAUUGCUGCGGCCGAGGCCAAGUCCCCUGCCCGCGACGCAAUUACCGUGUUUAGCUAUACCAAAGUAUGUCCAUCCAAGGGCGAAAAGGACGCCGACCAAGACGAUCCGAGCCAGCUUCUCGCCAAAAAGUACGCUAUCAAAGACAAGGAUUUUCAAACGUACUUGAAAGCCAAAGACGCGCGGCGACCGGUCAAGGUGACGAAAGACGUGUUGACCAUGUAA